AACUUGAAAAUCUUGCAAAACUCAAUUUCUGUCAUUUAUAUAUCAAAUGGAUUAUCAUGAUUCAAUCAAGAUUCAACAUAAGCCAACAUACCAAUCUGAUACAUCAUUCCCAAUCUUAGCCAUUGCAGCGCUAUGUAUCGUUGCAACGGCUUUUUUGCUUGUAAGUUACUACUUUUUCGUGACUCGAGGAUGCUUUAACUGGCAACAAGUGAACCCGUUGAGACGGUUUUCUAUGUCAAGGGAACGGACGACACCUGAACUGUUGUCAUCUGCUUACUCAACUCCUCCAUGGCGGUUUAAAGGGCUAGACGAAUUAGUAAUUCGUGAGAUUCCCAUUUGGCAAUAUACAAAAAGUGAAGGUGAAAAGAGAAGUUUAUAUGAAUGUGUUGUUUGCUUGAAUGAUUUUAAAGAAAUGGAUACAUUACGCGUUCUUCCUAGUUGCCACCACGGAUUUCAUUUAGAUUGUAUCGACGUUUGGCUUCAGAAUAAUGCAAAUUGCCCUCUUUGCAGAUUAAGUAUUUCGGGUACAACAAGGUAUCCUAAAGAUCAGAUAAUCGCACCAACUUCUUCACCUCAAGAUCCUCAAAUGAGCCCAACGACAAGCAAUCAAGACUUUUUGGUAAUCGAGUUAGGUGAAGAGGGAAACGAGUCAAGAUCGCAGCAGUCUAGAGGUCAUUCUCCAAGAAAGAUUAAUGGAAAGAGGCUAAAAUCAAGAAAAGCUCAUCAUGUUUCAAUAAUGGGGGAUGAAAAUAUUGAUAUUAGGAAUAAAGAUGAUCAAUUUUCAAUCCAACCAAUUCGAAGAUCUUUCUCAAUGGAUUCAGCUAUUGAACACCAUGUUUACUUAUCAGUUCAAGAAAUCAUACAAAACAACGAGAGACACCAAGAAAUCAGGAACAUCGAAGAAGGAAGUAUAAGUGGCAGAACAAGACGACAUUUUUUCUCAUUUGGAAAUAAUCGUGGAUCAAGAAACGCCAUUCUUCCAAUCUAAUUUUAGUAUGUUUGCGUAUAGACUAGUCAUGCUUUCUUUCUACUUUCGUUCAUUUUCUCUUUUUUUGGCUUGUACUAGCUAGCAAAGAUAACACUGUAAAACAUUGACACACAAGAUUACACACAGAGUUAGAUUUUGGUCAUAGAUUAAAUGUUGGCAUGGGUGUAGGAAU